UGCUUGGUUUCAUCAUUCCCCGUUGCAGAGAUGAAGAAAUCAGUGUGGCUCAACAUUCGGCCAUUGUAUCGACUGGACAAAAUCCUGUCAGUGUCAGCCCGACCACCAUGACCACAGGCUCAGCGUGGGGAUAUCGCGUCAGCCCUGGUCACUGCAUGUCCGACGCUCCAAGCGGACAGCAUGCAGCAAGCAACCGCCGGGGACGGAGUACAGUGGGCACUCCCAGAAGAGACUUCCCUGUUUCAGCAAGAACUUCGGAUUCGAAAGUGGAGACGAAAACUUGUUUGUGCGGCGCUCAGCCUUUGCACUUGCAGGUACUAGGGCCUGAACGGCGGCUCUUGUAAGUGGACGGUUUCAUCCUGCCUGAUCAAGCUGCAGCCCAUAGACGUACAGCUGCGCGUACACGACGUAUAGCUGCACUGCAUACUGACAUGAAGCAAGACCAGCUAAGAGCCACAUUGAAGACGAAUGUCACGUCGCUGUGCCAGCGACUCGAAGACACCAGGUUGUGUCAGUGUAGUGAAGAUGCAGCACGGUGGAAAGCAGCUGCCGCAACGGCGAAGAGCAUUCCAGAAUGGCAAGGCAUCAUUCUCGCUGUCAAGCGAGCCAUAAAGGAGAGAUUCCUGACGGGGUACUUGUGCGAUCCACAAGUGCAGACCGCUCUUCUUCGCGUUGACAUGGCCCGACUCAAAAAAACGAGCGUUACACCGGGAUACCCUCGCGAGUGGGAGUUCUUCGUCUCCAAGGCUGAGUCCUAUGGUCAACUUCUGCUGCUGUGGAGGCUACUCUCCGAGAGUAUUGACUGGAGGAGCUCAAUCAAGGCUGUGAAGUGUCGGGUGUGCAAGAAGAAAGAUGAUCUCGAUAACAUGCGGGUGUGCGAUGAUUGCAACGGAUGCUGGCACACCGCGUGCAAGGCUGACGAUGCGCCGAAACUGGCCCAUGGCAUCUGCUGUGAAUGCAAGCUGUUCAAUCGACAAUAUCGCAAGGCCGAGGCCGUAGCUCACGAGUCACUCAGCUCGGAUGCGCAAAGCACUGACACAAGUGACGGCUACACAGCGGAAGAGUACUGCUUUGACUCGGCGGCUGAGGACGGCGACUCCGAUCUUGAUCAUUGCUUUGACGAUGGAGAUGAUCGUCAUGGUUGCGCUUCGGGGGAUGCAGCUAAGAAAUCAACGAAGAUGAAGUGCAAGACAGCACGACCACCACGGGAUUUAGCAGCAGCGGAAGAGCAGGAGGCUGUACUUUUGUCUAGGGCCAUUGCGAUAUCAAGAGCCGCGCACGCCCGUCGUCCCAAACGCUGCAUGCCCGGACAGCAGCGCAUCAGUCCAUUCUUAAGGGGCGAGUCCGUCGUCACGCCGACGUCGACAGAAUCCCCGGCAGCGUCACCGUCGGAGAGUGUAUGUCUGAAUAUGGACGAGUCAGGCUCGUUUGAAUUCUCCAAUCCCGAGAGUGUGACAUCACCUGAUGAUGAUGAUGAUGAUGAUUAUGAUGAUGAUGAUGAUGAUGAUGAUGGCGAUGUAUCGAGCGACAGCAGCCUUGACGACAGUGAUGCGUUGCCGAGUGACAGUAUUUAUGACAACAAUGCCAUUGGGCUGAGUGACAGUUGCCAUGACGACAAUUACGCUGCACCCGGCAACGGAAGCCAUGGCGGCAAUGACGUGACGUCCAGUGACAGUAGCCAUGGAGACAAUGACGUGUUGUCGAGCGACAGCAGUCCUGGCGAAGGCGAUAAGGACACGACUUGGGAACCAUCAUCUCCUAUAACUGUCAAGCCCAAAAAGCGAAAGAGUGGUCGGCAAGCAGAGCAAGGGCGGUGGACGAGCUCCGUGGAAGUGCGUGGAGCUGCUCAAGCAUCACUGCAUGGCUCUCAACCGCAGCUGUCACUGGACAAUGAGAGCUCAACUGCAUCUCAGAUCGCGCCUUCCAAGAAGAGGAAGGAAACGGCACAGACAGGGCAGAGGGCUGCAUGCCAGGCGAAGUCAAGUCGGACAGUACCGCUGAGCACGCCGAUUGUGUUUACCACACCAACAGCACCAGUGACAUCCAAAUCCAAGCCAAGACAGACAGCACCGAGUACGCCAACAGCGUUUACCAUGCCGGCAGUACCAGCAACACCCAAAGCUAAGCCAAGCAAGUCAAAGGAGCAAGCUACAUCGUCUGAGGCAAAGAGAAACACACCCAAAGCCAAACCAAGCAAACCAAGGAAGCAAUUUGCAACCCCAGAGGCAACGGGUAACACACCAAAAGCAGCAGCAACGAUGGCAGGAGCAAAAGCAACGAACUCAUCACCAAAAAAGGGAGAGACAAUACCUGGUGAUGCCACCCUCGACGAUGACUUGCAGGCACUAAACGAAGCCGUGCAGAACAUCUUUGCGAGCGAACCAGGGGAUUGGAUGCUGGAUAUGACGCCCAACUGUGCGUCUUCCCAAAGCAUCCGGCGGUCGAUACAACUUGAUCCGACAGAGGAGUUCUUCGGAAUCAUCCACGCCCACAGGAGUCGGGAGUACAGAAGUCGUGCCAGUAUGAUGAACGACGUGCGCCGUGUAUUCGCACGAUGUCAACAGUCGUGGCCAUGCUCCUUGGACGUGCAGCUUGAUGACUGGCAGACAGUAGCUGAACAGGUCAUGAUCUUGUCUCACUAUCAGGGGGCCAGUGCAGCACAGGAAGCAUUUGUUGGGCACUUGGAGAAACACUGCCCACAGCUCUGCCACCUGUACGAGCCAGUGCGGUUCUAACAGACAAAUUGCUGGUGUUCAACAGUUGUUCUAACAGAUAGGACGCCGGUAGCCUUGAAUGUUGACAAUGUGGUAUGCGUGCAGUUCGGAAAAGGAGCAGAAUUUAAAGGGAGCAGUAGCAGUAGCAGCAGCUGCGGGUGUGUCCUUGGGAUUGGUGUGCCGUGCAUGCCAUGUACAGAUAUGAGUGAAGCGUAUCACGCCCCCACUUAUCAGGGCUACACAAACGCGCGGCAUCUGAGAGAGUCACACAAACAGACUGGAUGCGUUGUGGUGGGGACCUAUGCACGUGAAGUGAGCUCUGACAUCUACAACCAUUCUCUUUGGCACUUUCCCGGUUUGCUCUAUGACUCAGUAUGAGCUAGACCAUAGAUUUCAUUUAGAAAGUACUGCAUGCAGUGUCAUGUAUUCCAAUUUGCCCUUUGAUUUGAUUUUAUUCAUUUUUAAACUAUGCCACCGAUUAGCAGCUGCAUCUGCGCCUUGAUCCAAGAGGGUGGUGGCACGCUCCUGCGGAUGCGGAAAGCUGAACCGUGAAUUAUUUUAAUUUUACACUAUGCACUAUUAACAGUUCAAUCAGAUAUUCUGCAGAGAUAAUCCUUUUUUUCUUUUUUUUAAACGAAUAACGUCUGUUUUGAGUAUUCAUAUGUCUGAAGGUGUGUCUCAAGACACACCUUCUUCAG